AUGCCUUCCGAUAAAACAGAGAAAAAGCGCAAGCGCGCCUCGGAUCGUCACGAGCGUCCGAGCAAAAAGGCCGCCUUGGAGCUGCAAGCCCUCCCGCCGUUGGCAGCUAGCGUUGUCGAGGAUCAGAGCGAGCUGGCUCCAGUGAUUGCUACAACACCCGGUGUGCUGAACUCGAAAUCCCUCCGCUUCAACCCAUACAUCAAAUCCCGCGAUGGAAAACACUCAACCCUCGCCCGGAACCCAGGAAUUGUCUCCUCAGAGAUGUUGUUGCAGUCGUCUGAGCAUGAAAAGAUGGACUUUGUUGGUCGUGAAGGAGCCGGCGACGAUGCGGACUCCCAAUUGAAGCACUACGUUGCCGUCGUGGACUCAGAGCGCAAGACCUGGCAAAUUGUGGAGGCGCGACGAGUGACCCUCCGUGGUGCCGUCCGAACUGGAAAGAGAGAUGACGAGGAGGAUUCAGAGGAGGAGAUGAACACUAUGCGUGCUCAGCGUACAGCCCUCACCAACACAUUCGGUACCAAGCAGUCACGCAAGGCUGUUCAAUCCUUGGCCGAGAACGCCCAGCUUUCCAAUGCUCCCGCCGGAUCUGUCACCGAGGCGGGUGCCGCUCUCAUUUCAUCCCUGCCUACGGGUGUUGCUUCCGGUCUCGACAAGGCCAGCAAUGUUCAGGCCGAAGUCCAAGCAGCCAAGCCUCUGCCUACACCCGACCUCAGCGCAGCUCACCCAUCAGACGUGUACCCUCUCGAGACCCUGGUUCCUGGUGGUACCUCCAAUCUGCGCCAGUUGACCGGUAUCGAAGAAUGGAAGCAGCAAGUGGAAGGUGGACUGGGCGUUACCACCGGAUCCCGAUAUGUGGCCAACCGUGUCGAAGCGGUUGUGCUUUCUGGCAACCAGGAGAAGCUCCAGAUUCUCCGCUUCAUUCACCUGUUGCUGGAAUUCGCUCGCUCGCUUAAGGGUAUGGGACGAUCUGGCGGUGCCGGUCCAGGUAGCAAGAAGCUUCCUCCUCGUGAUGAGCUCCGCAAGAUUCUUUCCAGCACAUCAGGUGUCACCGCUAAGGCCGGUGAGGAGGAGGAGUCCGAGGAUUCCACACAGCUACUCCCGGACGGUGUCAUCGACUCAUUGCGUCGCCGCUUCGCACCAAGCGGUGGUUUCGUUACCAAGCACAACCUGACUCUCCUCCACACCACCAUCUGUGCUCUCUCGCUGCAUAUCCCCCCGCAGCCUGCUAAGGAUGGUGGAAACAGUUCUCUGGGUGGUAACGCUCCUAACGAGCUGGCCACCGAUCCUUCUGAUCUGCGUGAUGACCUGCGUCUCGACGCACCUACUGUGCUGCAGUACUUCCGUGAAUUGGGCUGCCGUGUUGACAAGCCCCGGGAGUCUGAAUUCGCCAAGUGGAACAUCAAGGGUGGACGUGCCGAGGCGAAUGCUCGUCGCGUUGCCCGUCUUCGUAUUCCAGUGGAGUUCCCGCGUGUUAGCCGUGGUGGUAAGAAAUAA